AACUUGAAUUACUGAAAGCUGAAAACUGAUGGAUCGAUCAGAAGUAAAAAACAAAGUUAAAAACCAAACAUUUCCUGAAUACAGUCUUUUCCGCACAGCCUUUUCGCUCUUGAACGCAUCACCGAAAGGACUUAUGGGAAAAAGGAAAGAUGGCGGGACGUUUAACAUUGGGAUGGCUGACAAAUAAACUGUAAACAUAAGAGAACGGUUCGUUCAGAACAUCGACUGUUCUUGCACCGGUACCGGCUGCCAUGAGAGGACGUCGGGGACAGAGCGACCCGGUCCCGGCUCCGGUCCCGGGUCCUCGGAGUGUCGAACCGCCGCGACAGAACCGCCUGAGCCGGAGAUUCAGACUGAGCCAGGUCCCGGUCCAGGCUGCCGCCUCCCCGGCUCCGGCCCCGGUCCCGGUCCCGGCUCCAUCUCCACAGAACCUCCCUCCAGAGUUUAAGACUCCCACCAGAGUUCCCAGACCCAAAUCAGCAGCUGUUUUCAGUGAGGAGUCUCCACACAACGACAGCGACCUCCAGCAGGACAUCAUCUGGGACGCCACCUCACCGUCGCCGCGCAGACUCGGUAAAAGAGGGAAGAAACACACUACUGGAGUCGUCAACAUCUCGGAGAUCGUCAGCAGGAUCGCUCCAAAGCACGGCAGGCCGCUGGUCGCUGAGCCGACCUUACAGCAGUGGAUCGGGGACAGCGCCACCAUCCCCUGCACUCCAGACGUCCAAGCUCCCAGAGCCAAGAAGAAGUCCCCGAGGCCGAGCGGAGUGGACGACCUGCUGCGACUCGCCAAACGGUUCGACUUGAACCUGUUCCAACAGGGCGAGGACGAGCUGCAGGUGGAUCUCCAGCAGAGCCCAGAGCUCCUUCAGGAAGAUGUCCUGGACCUGGAGAACAACUUUCAGAGCGACUUUUCUUCUCCUCUCGCUGGAAGCUGUCCGCCGGCUGCGAGCACGGCGGCCGGGACGGCUGCUCCGUUGGAUCCGGAUCAGCAGGUGGAGGACGACCUGGACUUCCUGUUUGACGGCCCGACUCAGCACAUGAGUGGAAACCUGAGUCAGGUGAUCCCGGCUGCAUCGGGACGCUCCACCAAGGCCUGUGGGAAACCGCCCACGUCCUCGCGUGGACCUGCUUCAGGUCACGACGACGCGUUCGAGGACGACUGGGAAAACGACUGGGAAAACGACGAUCUGUUGAACGACUCAUUGGUGAUGGAGAUGACGCAGAAUCCUCAGAGAUACAUCGUCCCAAAGCUCUGCUCCACCCAGAAGGCAGCCAGUCUGAGCCGGAGGGAAACGUGGGCUCCGGUCAGCACUCGUGCUCCAGUCUCUUCGGUCAGCGCACGUGCUUGGAUCUCCCCAGUCAGCGCUCGUGCUCCGGUCUCUUCGGUUGCUCCGGCGGCUGGAUCUGGAGUCCAGAAGGAAAACGUCAACCCGAGAGCCACUUUCAGACUGAACUCAACCUUCUGCGACAGGAGCAUCCACACGGACUCCAGGAAGCAGAGACAGGAGGUUUCCAGACAUCCGGACGGUCAGCAGCGCAUCGGUGCAGCCGGGUCCGGACCUCAAACUGCUAAACCAGAACCACUGAGAUCUCAGUCGGAUCACAGGACUUCUGUGAGAAUCUCCCAGACUGCUACGAAACCAGGGCACAGCUUCCCAAGGAACCCGGGCCUGGUUUCCUCUCACUGUGACUCCGCUGACUUCCUGCAGGACGACCUGGACUCCCUCUUCUCCUUGGAUCCGGUCUGGGACGACCCGGCGGACGACGACCUGCUGUGUGAAAUGUGCGACGACCUGGAGAACCAGAUCCAGGACUGGGAUGGCAUCUCCACCGAACAGGCUCCCCCUUCAACCAAUCGGAGAGCAGCUCUGCAGCCAGCCCACAGAACGUUGGCCCCGCCGCCUCCAGGUCCGGGACACGGAGCCGCUGAAGUGAAGUCGACGCAGCAACGGUUCAGAUUCACCCAAAAACCCGGUUCAGGAGGCGCGUUAAGGACUCAGAUAAACGACAGCCAGCCUGCGGUCGCAUCGUCGCCACAGCAACGCACUGUCACCAAAAACUUCAGCUUCAAGAAGCCCAGCUACCCGAUCCCCAUGGAAACCAACGACGCUGCGGGGAAAUGUUCGGCGGCGGAGAUCCAGCUGAAGAAGCAGCAGGCGAUGGAGAGGAGACGGCAGCGGCUGCAGGCCGACCAGAACCUGCGCGGGCACACGUGAGCGAGCAGAACCGGGUCGGACCCGGCAGAACAUCGCCUGAGAACACCUGUGUGGCCUGCAGGUGGAGCUUCCUGUCCGGACUCGCAUCCCAACGGUUGAAGGAACAUCUUGUGAAGAACAUGAACUCAUCAUGUUGGAUGGAUCAGCAGAGGUGGGAGACUCCAGAUCUGAACACACAAACUGAUGUUCACGUUCCCAACACGAAGGAAAAGACACCUUUUUAACUCCUCCACCCUUCUAGCCACGCCCCUCCACAAGCCCCGCCCCCUCUGGUUUCUGACGUUGCAUUCUUUCUGUUGUCCUCGUGAGCCGAGGUCAGCGAGCUUAAUUAAUAAUAAAUAAUAAUAUAAUAUAAUAAAACCAGUCUGGUGAUGUGGAGAGCAGGGGCGUCUUCACCACCUGCAGCAGUGACGGUGUGCGCGGGUCUGCAGGUUCUGAGCUGUUCUGGAACCUUCUGCAGACCACGAGCAUCGUUCAGAAACAUUCCCACAUAAAUGGCCUCCCUAAUAAAUAAAACCUUUGUAUUCACCAACGCUGCAUAAAAGUCAGAUUUGAUGGUGAGAGCCGUCGUGAUGCGUCUUCAUGAGGUCUGAUCAGUUUCAGAUAAUGAACAUGAAUCCAGCCAGGAACCACCAUGAGAGGAGUUUAAGGUGCAGGUCUAUCUUUGGACGUGAAGCACUUUAAAACAAGACGCAGAGAUGGAGCUCAUUUAAGCUGAACUGGAGCAAAAAGGGUUAUUUCUGCUGAGUUAGUGGGUGAUGUGCGGGGUCAUCUGGGUUCAGGUCUGGAGAGAGGUCCGAUGCAGAUAAUGAGUUUCUCCAACGAAGCAUCUGAGAAGAGACAAAACAGUGUAAUUAUGGAGUUGGAUACAAAAACCGCAUUUGUCCAUCGAGAUGAAGAGAUUCUUCACCAGGAAGCCGACGCAGGAGUCAACAACCGCCUACGAAGGUCACUUUACUCUGGUUAUGAGCUUCAUCGCUGCAUGUGGUUGCCGGGGUAACAUCUGGAUCCAACCACCAACCACUGGUGGUGCGUUUCCUCCAACCGCCAGGGUCCACUGACCUCCAUGUUACACAGAAAUAAACAUUUCCAGUCUGGAACUAAACCUGUUUUGGUCUGCAUGGUUAUGUUCAGAUGUAUAAUAACUAAUAAUAAGUAAAUGUUUAUGUACCUCGUCAGGUAAAAUUUCAUGAAGCAAUAAAGUUAUAUUAAUUAGG